GCUCUUUUCUUCUGGAGCUCUGCACUGCGCAUGCGCCAACCUAUUGCUUUUGUUUUGCCGACCCGGAGCUACUUGGGCUGUAUUAGCAGCACUGCGGCUGACGAUAGCCUGUGUUUCUAUUAUCCAAAAAAGAAAGUGAAAAGAGAGAAGCCUACAGGUAUCGUGCUCCACAAAGGAAUUCUCAGCAAGUUAUUAUCCAGGACCGAGAAGAGGAGACGCACACCUAUUUAUUACACAAUGACCAGCUCCUCUGCUCCCAGAAUGCAUACAUACAAACGGACCUCUAGUCCUCGGUCUCCAACUAAUACCGGCGAGCUUUACACCCCGGCACAUGAAGAAAAUGUGCGUUUUAUCCAUGACACAUGGCUGUGUGUUCUAAGAGACAUUAAAUCACCUCAGAACAGUGAACGAGGACCACAAGAAUAUGUGGAGAAAAACCCAAACCCAAAUUUGCUUUCCUUCACCCCAGUUGACCUGAGUGAACUCAGGAGGCCAAGCACACAGGACUGCAAGAAGUCUUAAUGAAUUUCCUCUCAUCUUGGUCUAACAGCCAAGCUGCUCCUUUUUUUUCUCCCCACUCAUUCUUAUUGGGACCUUUUUUUAUGCCAGCAACUUUGUCAGCCAAAUUAGUCCAGAAAGCCUCUUCCUUCUCUGCCUCAUCAAACUUUGUUCUGGACAAACUGGCAGGUGUGUGUACAAGACCCACUGUAUCAAAAAUUAUCAUCCCAAAUCUGCAACUCUUAAGAGAUUUCAAAUUUCAGGGAAUUUGUCAUCACUUUGUUUUUGUUUUUGUUUUGUUUUGUAUUCUGGAUUUCUUUUUCGUAUGCAUAGUUUAUGAUAAAGAUUAUAAACCCGACAGAAGAAGGUGGAAGGAGGGAAUUGAAAUGUGGUGACUGACAGGAGGAGUCACACUCUGGGGGGAAAAAAGGACAAGCUGCGGCCUUAUACAUAGGCUUUACUUUCAAAACAUGACACUUUCAUGAAAAGUGUUUUUUGUUUUUUUUUAAGUUAGUUUGAUAGAAUAAAAUAUUGGAAUAGUAAAGGCAGGCCAAAUAUUUUUAUAAAUAUUAUACCACAUUCACAAAAAAUGUAAUAAAUAUUAUACCACAAA